GCCAUCUUUUACUCUGUAACUUCCGCUGACAUUAAUCAAUGAGGCUCAGAAAUCGCAAUCGACUCACGAGGGAAUCACUCACUACAACGAUUUCGGACCUUCUGGUACUCCGUAGCCAAACUGGAAAGUGUCGGAUGAAUCUAUUUUCCUCCGCGCAACUUGCAUCUCACAAAGAUCAAAGAGAAGAGGACGGUCCUGGAACAGGUCAAAAAGAUUUGUUUAGUCACGAAAAAUGUUCUUCUUGGUUCUUGGAAGACGAAGAAAUGCUUCCUUGGGUCCAUGAUAGUGUGGAAGAGGCUCAAUGGACUGAGGGAAAAUUGUAUUGUCCUAAGUGCAAGAGUCGCAUAGGAGCUUUUGACUUUAUUCAUGGAAUACACUGUAACUGCGGAAAGUUUAUUAUUCCAGCUGUCUGGAUUCAAAAAAGUAGAGUUGAUCUUAUAUUUCCUACAAGUCAGAUAACAAAUCUUGAUAUUAGGAACCCUACAGUACUGUUACCUUUCGAUCAGUCUACAAGGAACUCUUUUGACAAAAAUGAAGAACCACAACAAAACAAAGCAAAAUCUUGUGUUGGAAAUAUCAGUCAGUUUGACUACACAGACCCCAGGGCAAAUACAGACAUUACACAGAUUGAGUCAUCCUCAGGUUUUUCAGUGGAUACCAAUGGCAGACUUGUGGAUAGUGAGGGGAAGGGUGAGCAUACAGCAAAAGGAAUUGAUUGCACAACUGUUCCAUUUUACAUUGUAGACAUAAAGCACUGCGAUGACAAAGAAACACCUACAAGUCAUUCAACAUCAAAUGUCACAAUGGAAAACAUACCCAAGUCUCUCAGAAUUCUAGCAUGUGAGUGUGUCAUCUCAGAGAGUGAUGUGGCAACAUGUAGUGUGCAGCAAGAUAUUUGUUCAAAUGCUUUUCAUCAAGCUGAGUUAUGUCCCAUUCAUAACUGUCAACAAUGUUGCAGUAUCAGAUUACAUGGGAAUCAUUCUGGUUCUACGGAAGCAGAAACCUCAUCAGCCACCAUACACAAUGAGACACAGAGGUUACUGCCUUUGCAUACAUGUAGAUUUGGCUUUGCUCAGCAUUCAGAUUGCUCUAAAGUCACAGUGUUGAAAUCAAACACAAGGGGAGCAAAUGACAUCAUUGACAAUGGGGAAACUUACAUGUAUGUGCAGAGAUCCAGGAGGAAAAGAAAGGGAAGGCAUCAAAUAUCAGUGGAAGACAGUAACUUACCAGACAUCUUAACUGACCAGAGGGGAGCUGAGAAGCCAUCCAUUUGCCAUUUUUCAGAUCAAAUGACAUACUACAGUUGCUUGCAUGUUGAUGAAGGCUCCAGUGAGCCUUCAUAUAAAACAUUGGAGAACAAGACUACUUUUGUUGAAAUCCAAGAUCACCACUGCUGCGCUGUGUGUCUGGAUUUGCUGUAUGAGCCUUUUAAAUGUUCAUGCGAUCACGUGUUCUGUGAUCCAUGCCUACGUCAGUUAAACUUCAGGACCAGUAACAGAGGCUCAAUAAGGUGCCCUUUGUGCCGGCAAAUAGUCGAACAAUUAACACCAGCAACAGAACUAAGGAACGAGAUUAGGCGGACUUAUGAUCCCCAGCUACUUAGGAAACGUGACAAAGUUGAGCGUCGAGCUGCGUACAGAAAAUGGCCCCUCCCUGCUAACCAUGGUCCGUUACGGCGAAAUAUGUCACGCACUCGGCGAAGUGUCACGCUACCUUGUAUUAUCUAUGCCUUUCUGAUAGGUGCAAGCAUGUAUAUGCUUCUGUUGAUGGCUUUGCUUUCAAAUUUGACAGCAAAUAAUGUAAUAAGUAUGUAUUAGGAUGAAUUUCUUAAAUGACAUCGAAAGAAGUUCAGUAGUGUAAUAUAAUGUAAUGAUACAUACAUACAUACAUACGUUUAUUUGAUAAAGCAGGUUAUGAUACAUAAUAUGGCAGCCAAGGGCUGAUGUGGACCUGCAUCCAAAAAUUAUAAAAAGUCCUUAUACACAUAUAUUAUAACAAUAUUGGUAAUAAAAGUACACGUGAUUUUAAGGUGGUAAAAUGUAAAGGACGCAAAAUAGACAUAAAAAAUCUGAUGUAAACUCUAGAAAUAAUUAUUUCAGUAAAGUUAUGAUAGCGCUACUGCAAGGAAGUUUAUGUAAGUUAAUAUUCAUAACAAAAUGUGUAUGAACAGUCGAACAUAUGUUAAAAAAGGAAAAGUUUGGAUCGAUUUCCUGGCCGUCCCGGGCCGACUGAUGCAUGACGUCAGAGAAUUUGGCAGCUGAUGAGAAAUGUGCUGCUGGAUUUGUCAAUCCCCAAAUUUUGUGUAGCAUAAUGUUUCAUUUUUUUCUUGAUAAUAAAAGGACUUUUCAUUCGUACAUUGGCCGAUCUAUACGGGCCAGAGAUAAACUAGAAUUUAAAGGUAGCUCUGCGGAGUUAGCCACAGUAGUUCAGUCACUUUUGAAAGCUUUAAAAAUUCCUUGCGGUGAUUUUUACCCUUACCAAGUUCAUUCCACUGUUAAUGUACAAAAAAUGUUGCUCAUGAUUACCAAUGCAAACAAC